GAAAAAAACGUCGGCACUGUCGGCACAUCCCAUUCCUCGGCCCCCGUGGGAUGUUCAGCCCCGUGGAUGCUCGGGUCGCUGUGGAGAAGGUGGGCUCCCCUACGUUCCCUGAAACCUCGCCGGUCUGCCACCUGAGUCAUGAGGUGGAUCACCUAAGCUUGAGGACCGAUCCCACACGCUUGCGCACCCACUCGGAGAAUACCGAUGAGACACCCGUGCGCGAAGAAGGGGAAUUGAGCGAGCUGAGCCAUGUCCAGGAGGUCCUGGGACCUCCCUUGGAGUUCUUACCCAAGGAUAUCGAAAUUCAAGAGCUGAACGCUUAUCGCCUGGAUUACCAGAACUUCCGUGCCGGCCAUGCCAGUGGCGCGCGUGGUGAGAUGGCCGAUUUAUGCGCCUCGGUGCGUGAGCAGAACGAAGCGAGCGCGAAGAUGACCUACCACCCGUCCUUACAAAAGCGACCUCGCUUGGUGCCCUUGAUUGGACUGGACCUCGCGACCAGCAGUGCAGUCCGCAGUGCAGCCUCUGCGGCCAGUGAGCACUUGGAAGAAAUGGAACAGAUUCAUCACGCCUUUGAGUGCCGAAUCACUCGCGUGGAGACCAGCGAGGACAGUGGCCUUAGUGGUCCAGACCUUCCUGAGUUGCCCCUCCAAGCACCGCGGAAGAGCUGCUUGAAGAAAUCCGACAAGUCUGAGGCGAAGCUUCGCAAGCCCGAGCGACACCCCAUGCCGCGCCAAAGCAGUGCGCCAGCCGCCCAGCAGGUGGCAUUGAGACGGUCCUGGGCCACCUUCAUGCGGGAGGGCGCGAUACCCACGCGAGACCGAGACAUAGAAGGAGGGGAUAUUCUAUCACCCUGGCAACGGAAUAGUACUACGGCUUCAACAGUGAGCUCCAAGACAGGCAUUGGCUUCUUUACGCAUAUCGCAGUCUCGAUGCUUUGCUUGGUGCCUUACCUGAAGACACAGUCGGGCUCUCUCUUUUGCCUCUUCCUACCAACGACAUACGCUGCUUACAUUGUUGGAAUGUGGGUGAAGCUGCGCUUUCGCGUGCCGAACCCUCUAGAUCAGCCGCCCAGUGUCAUUACCAGAGUCUUGCGGAUGGAACGAUUGGUGCGAGAGGGUUCUGUGCCCCAUUGGUUUCCGCACUUGGCGUCUGUGGUGUAUUUAAUCAUGGUAUUUCAGCUGGAACUGGGGCAUUCAUUCCAGUCCUAUGCGAGAUCUCAAAGAAGCACCCUCCUGAGUGCAGGCCCUCAGCGUCAUGACUACAACUGUUGGGGCACAGAUCAACAAGACGUGGCAGAUUGCGUUCUGGUCCGACACGCGGGUUAUACGAUCACCGUGUCCUUCUACAUCUGCUUGAUCGUCAUGGCCGUGUGCAAUCGGAAGGUGAAGGGCUCGGACUUGGUGGGUGAGCAUGAGAGAUCUCUGGAGGAGCUCUUUCCCAUGGAAGCACCGUCCCUCUUGUGCUACGUCGAGAGAAGCGUGAAGUCCAACUCCACCUUUUGGCGCUCGCAUCGACACUACAAGGCCCAGUCUGUGGUCUUAUCCUUGUCCUGGACGCUCAUGUCUUUUGGGGUCUACUGGGAGCUUAUGCAGGGAGCCAAGACCAAGACUGCCCAGGUGGUCUUUUGCAGUGCGCUCAUUUGCACGUACGCCUUGCAAUACACUCUCUUGAGGCAUGUGCUACUUCGAGUGAUCCUGCACCUGGAAGGUGUCAAGGCCCGAGCUGCGGCCAUGGCCUUUUGUGACGAAGAAGGGGUGCUGCCCUUUACUUCGGCCCACUCAGUCUAUGUGUGGUUCUCGGUGCGGCGGAAUGUCCAGGCGCAGAACGAGGUGGCUUACCAAAACGCGAGCCCCAUCUUCACUGCCAUGCUGAUUUGCGCAGCCGCAUGUUCCUGCUGGGUGAUUUCGCAGCUUCGCCAGCGUGGGAUCACCGUCUUUGGCCUCACCAGCCGUGGCGGAGCAUCCCUUAUGGUUGUGGCCUCCGCGUUGGUUUCGAGCAUCUUUGUCGGCGUCUUCCUGAGAACUCUCCUGGAGAUUGGCAAGCUCGAAGAUGCUCACGUACGCCAACUGCGUAUUGCACAUUUGCGUCUUGAGCAUGCACGAUGCAUUUUGAAGGUGCAGAAGGAGUUGGAGCAAGCUCCGUCCAAGAAGCGCCUCUCGCGCGAUUCCAUGGUGAGCGUGGCGGACGAGCAAGACAUGGAGGGAGCCUUGUUGAUGAUCGAACGGGUGAUUGCCCUGCUGGAGCAACACGAUGUGAAGCCCACCAUGUUCGGAGUGGAGAUCGGAUCCAAGUCUUUUCAGGUGGUGUAUGCAGCACUCCUCUCAAAUCUUUGGUAUUUGAUGGUGUGGGGAGUCCUGAUUCCAGUCAUCAAUGCCCAUGAUGACUAGUUGACAUGCGUUCAGCUGCAGCCUCAGGGCAAACUUUUGAGGCUGAAUCGACCGAAAUAGAUCAAUACAUUUUAAGGCCAUAUUCCAAGCUUUAAUUAACCAA